UUUGGCACAUUCUCCAGCAGCAGCAGCAGCAGCUCAGUCAGUCAGAGCAGCGGACACCCCGAGUACGGAUUAUUACGGACUACACUGUGGCCAUUGUAAACAGCAUUCUCCCGCCGCCGUGCGUCCAGCCUGCGUAGCAAAGAAUCAUUAUGUCCAGUGAGGUGCAGCCCAGGCCGGACGACAGCCCCAACACCAGCGGGGGCAGCUCGGACGCAGAGCAGAGGGAGGCACCCCCCCCAGAGCAGCCUGGCCAGGAGCAGAGGGACCAGGCUCCACCCAAGAAGAAGGAGGCCAAGAUCUCCAGCAAGACGGCCGCUAAGCUCUCCACCAGCGCUAAGAGAAUCCAGAAGGAGCUAGCAGAGAUCACCCUGGACCCCCCUCCAAACUGCAGCGCCGGUCCCAAGGGAGACAACAUCUACGAAUGGAGGUCUACCAUCCUCGGGCCCCCCGGCUCUGUGUACGAGGGAGGAGUCUUCUUCCUGGACAUCGCCUUCACUCCAGACUACCCCUUCAAACCUCCGAAGGUGACGUUCCGCACCAGGAUCUACCACUGUAACAUCAACAGUCAGGGUGUGAUCUGUCUGGACAUCCUGAAGGACAACUGGAGUCCAGCCCUGACCAUCUCCAAGGUCCUUCUCUCCAUCUGCUCCCUGCUCACCGACUGCAACCCUGCUGACCCUCUGGUUGGGAGCAUCGCCACACAGUACCUGACCAACAGAGCGGAACACGAUAGGAUAGCCAAACAGUGGACCAAGCGCUACGCCACAUAGACUGAUCUGUCACUGCUGUACCCCCUCAGCUCUGCAGCCCCCUUGACCCCUCUCUGACCCUCCGUCUAAGAUCUAUGGAAGCACACCCACUCCUCUCAUCCACCGGACCCCCAAAAGACGAACUGUUCUCUGUUCCAUGCUGACUUGAAAGCUUCUUUUUUAUACAGAGUCUAUUGGGAUUGUAUUUUCCAAUACACUGAAUGUUGAUAUGGUCAUGAAAAGCUUUAAUACUGUUACUGUUCUUGUUGAUGUUGAUGUUCUUAUUGUUAAUAUGGGGCUGGGAUUGUAGGAGAGCUAUCAGUUCAUCUGUAUUUAGAUUGAUGUGUGGGUCUUAAAUUGUAUGUUUUUACUAGUAUGCAUGUGUUAGGAUGUGUGCAUGCAUGUGAACAUUUGUAAAACAACUGUAUACAAUAGUCAUGUAUUACAUAACAGAACAACCAGCCUUGUAUAUUGCCUUGAGUGAAUAGAGAAGCUGAGCUUUUCAUAUGAUGGGGUUUGGUGGAGGCUACAGUUCAGCUGUUACAUCAAAAGGAAGAUGGAAUAAAAGAGGCCAAACUUGUCUUCAAAAUACAUAAAGAUCCUUUUAAAACAACUUCAAGUGGCACUCCCAAUGUGGACUAGUCACUCUUCACUUUUUAUAGCACACAAACAAGUGCAGAUUAGGUGGAAGCUUUGACUUGAAGAACAGACCAAGGAUUGGUGAUUCAUUUCAGUAUCCUGACCUACAGUGCAAGUCAUAAUUGGCUCAUUUCUAGACUUGCCUUAUAGUGGUUCACAAAGGUUUUGUCACAAGCGCCAGGUGGCUAUUUCCACACUUAAACAUGCAAGCUUUAUGAAAAUACUAAACAGUCCACACAACCUCUCACCUGUAUCCAUAUCUUGCUAUGAUUAUUUCCUGUCACAUCUUCUUUUGCUGUUAACAACCCCCAGUUACACAUAAAUAUGUACGCACAACUCAUGGCACGGCCUGACUGUAGCUGGAAUUUGCACACACACAUGAGCCUUAGCACAAAUCUCUGUACAAAUCCACUUUUAGGUCUGCUACAGCCACAGCCCCAUAUGGUAUAGCAUUGUUGAUAACAUUGUUGCCACCCUCCUUAUAUAAAGCGUGCGUGUUUUCCUGUUUUACGUGAUGGUAUCAUGUGGAGACGAUUGGAGCGAGUGCUUUUAGUGAGUUCUUCAGUGGUUAAUAUUAGUGCAUGGCGUUCCAGAGGCUCGCGGUACUAUUUGUGUUGGGCAGGUUUGGCCAUCACCAUGUAUGACGGUAGUGCUAGUUUGCUGUACAUUUAAUGCCUUGUGAGAUACAAUUAAACACUGGUUGUAAUGUGAUAA